AUGUCGGUCGUUGCAGUGGCCGGUGGCCUAGGCGAUAUGGGCAGCCUUAUCACGGAGGCCCUGACUGAGACUGGCAAACACGAGGUCUAUUCGCCCGACGGCCGUUCUGAGCGCACAUCGCCCGUGACGGGGAAACGCUACCUGCCAUUCAUCGAGACGGAUUACUCCUCCGAAGAAGCCCUCGCUGAGCAGCUCGCCAAGCACAACGUCAACGUCAUCAUCUGUGCCUUCAGCCUGCACUACGACUCCGCCGCCGACGCGCAGGUGCGUCUCAUCCGCGCCGCGGACCAGACAGCCUGCGUGCGGCGCUUCCUGCCCUCCGAGUUCAACGUCGACUACGACCUCGGCGACGAUGUGCUUCCCUACCCCGACAAGAAGCUCCACCUGGCUGCGCGCAGGGCGCUCGAAGCGACGACGACGCUCGAGUACGCGUACGUCUACCCGGGCAUGUUCAUGGACUACUUUGGGCUGCCGCGCGUGGAGAGCCACCUGCGCGAACUGUGCUUCUUCAUCGACCCGAUUGGCGGGCAGGCUGGGCUGCCGGGAGACGGUGAGGCGCGGAUGAGCAUGACUUUUACGACUGACGUUGCGCGAUACGUGGCGCUGGCGCUGGAGCUGCCGAGUUGGCCGCGGGUCUUGACCACCGCGGCGAGCACCAUCUCGCUGAAUGAGCUGGUCAGGCUCGCCGAGGUCAACCUGGGGCGUAAACUCAACGUGCGCUACCAGCCUGUCGAGAGGCUGCUCAAGCACGACGGCAUCGACCUGCCCACGAACGUGGAUAUUGCCAAGCGCUUCCCUCAGCGCUUUCCCGGCGGGCUGGAUCAACUACGCGCGCUUAUUGCGGACCUUGAAGCGGGCGUGGCUCUCGGCGCGUACGAUUUGGGAAAGCUCGAGGGCCACUUGGACCUGGUCAAGGCGUUUGAGGGCAAGACUCCGCCGCCAAAGAGGAUUGAGGAAAUGAUGGCAGAGGCCUGGAAAGCUUAG